AGGGGCUAGAGUGUCAUUCAUAUUUAUUGAAAAAUGACCUUGUAUUAACAACCCUCUCAUGGACAUAUAUGUGCCAUGAGUAAACAAACAUCUUGAAGGUAACAAGGGUGCCUUGAGGUCCGGUUAACAUAACACCUGGUGCGACAGGUGCACGCACUCGUAAAUACAAUUUGAGUAGAGAAAUAGUGCAGGCAAACCCAAUGAUAAUAAUAAUAAUGUGUCAACGUUGCACACGCAGCUUGUUUCGUCUUCUUCGCUUAGCCCCAACGAAAGAUUCCAUACGAACUCGCGUCUUUUCUCUGAAUGAACGCAAAUCUGACCGAGGUACGAGGCACUGUUGAAGGACGUUGGGGACAAACGGGAAAAGGGAUCCAGGAAAUAACAAUGGGGGAAAACGCAAAAGGUAAAAACGAACAAGUAGGUGAAUACAUGUGAACUGAUUCCAUUGUGAUUCUCUGGGUGCAUAGCCCAUCUUACAGCAACGGGUUCGACCGGGUACUGUUUGAUGGGGUCUUCUUGUCCCUUCUGCUACGUUAUUGUUUCCCAUUCAUGAAAGGAGAAAGAUUCUUCUAGAAGCUCUCGGCGCAUCGGCGGGACAAACUCGCGGUCUCGGUUACCCGGUCAUUUGCAUCAACCGCAAACGUCCUAAUGAGUCGAGUUGCCGGAGUCCAGACGCAAGACAGCAGGCUGGCAAUAAUGCGCGCGCAGUUCGUACGUCGAGGCGUGGUUCUUCCCUCUGUGAAGACAGGAGUCAACCGAUGUCGUUAUGCGAACUCCGAAGUUCCGCAAAGCCGCAAAGCUAGAAGCAGCCGGUUCCCUGUACACUGUGUCGGUGCGACAGGAGAAGGUUCAAUCAACCUGCUGGACCGGGCAGAACGGCGAUUCUCUCGGGCGACGUUAAACCACGUCUAUUCAACCUACUGCGAAAAGCGACGCGUAGUUCAAACAACUUCCGAUUUCGAUUUCAAAUCGGUGCGGAGCAGAGAUAUUCUUCUAGAAGCGGAUGCAAGUCGUCCGUUUGCCUUAGCCAUCCGUCGGAGCGAAGUUUUCCGAUGAGUGCCACCUGCGGGAGAGGGCGAAUUCCGUCUCUUGCGAGGCAAGCCGACGACGACGUCGUUCCGAGUUUCCAGUCGAGCGAUUUCGGAGAGGUAUUUGAGUUCGGACUGUUAGUCAACAAACGAACUCAAAUAUUGAAGGCCGGGAAAAUAUUCUUCUAGAAACACUCGUGUGGCAGCGACUGGGCUAGGGCCUGUGAGGCUUGGCCUACUCACAAUCGU